AUGAAUGUGUUCCUCUUACAGAUAACUUGCCCCGGAGUGCUGUUGAAAGACAAAGAGGAGCUCUAUCUCAGUGUCUCUAUACUUGGGCAGUACAAAAAAACUCGGUGUGUCCCUGCAGCAUUUCCACUUUUCUUUCAAGAAAAACUAGUAUUUGAAAAGACAUUUGCUAAUAUAGUUGAUCCUGGAGACCUUGUGGAGUUGCUAGAAGUUGACACAGCAGUACUUGAACUAAUACAGCUCGUUCCUCCAGUUGGAGAAAUUCUUGCUACUUAUGAAGAGAAUACAAGAGAUUUCCUGUUCCCUGACCCUAAGCUUACCUGUCGGCACCAUGGUAUAGAUCGUGAGAUUUUAAUGAAGAGGUCCUCUUACUUUACUGGAAUUGCACCAAAAUUGAGAUUUUCUACGAGCUCCCUUAUUACUGAAAGUCUGUUAAGCUCAGGAAGGAGUCACGUACAGGAUGAUUUGAAUUGGGUGCAUCACUCAACUCCAAAUGGAAAACUGCAAACAAAGUUACCAAAGAAAAACAUGCUUUCACCUGAGAAAAGCAGGCACAGCGUAGCAAGAAAGAACUAUGAGCAGCCUACCAUAGCUUCCAAGUCACGUUCUCCAUCUCCGUACACAAAAAGACGGAUGUGUGAGCUGUCAGAAGCAGCCAGGCAACGACUGGCCCACCUAAACCUUGGUCCUUACGAAUUCAGAAGAGAAACUGAUAAGCCUCCAUUUGUAGUUAGACGGGUAGAACAACCAAGUCCUGGAACUGAGCUUUAUGCCUGCUCUACCCUGCGAGAAGGCACAAUGGAAGCUUGGUCCAAGGUAACCCCUGGUCAGUAUUUAAUACUGUUAUCUCUCAUUAAUGCUUUUUUUUUCUCCAGUAGUUUAGUCGGGUGUGUUUUUUGUUUUGGUUUGAAACAAUCUCUAAUGGAGAAAAACCUGCUCCUCUUUGAUAGGAAGAAUAAGAGCACUGAAUAACCCUAUUGUUGCAAA